AAUUGUGCAUAGAAGAAAGCGGUAGGAAAGUGGUCGUGUGGUGGUCCGCCAGCUCGUCUUUGUUGCUAUCAACAUGUCUGUGAAGUUAAACGCAUUGUAUAGCGACUCUUAUGUUGACAUAAGCCAAUAUAGAGACCAGCAUUUCAAGGGUAACCGAGUGGAACAGGAGAAGCUACUGCGCCAGAGUAAUACCCUCUAUGUUGGGAACCUGUCUUUCUACACCACAGAGGAACAGGUUUACGAACUGUUUGCCAAAAGUGGCGAUGUCAAGAGAAUCAUUAUUGGCCUUGACAAGGUGAAGAAAACCGCCUGUGGCUUUUGUUUUGUGGAAUACUACUCACGCACAGACGCAGAAAACGCCAUGAGAUUCAUUAACGGCACACGUCUGGACGACCGUAUCAUCCGCACGGACUGGGACGCCGGGUUUAAAGAGGGCCGCCAGUUCGGCCGAGGGAAAUCUGGUGGUCAGGUCAGAGAUGAAUACAGACAAGACUAUGACCCAGCCCGCGGGGGCUAUGGAAAAGUCAUUCAUAAAUGACAAGCUGUGUUUCUAUGCUAUGUGUGUGUGUGUGUGUGUCUGUCUGUGUGCCUCUUCCAGGUCAGAGAUGAAUAUAGACAAGAUUAUGAUCCAGCCCGGGGCGGAUACGGGAAGAUAGCUCAGCUGCAAAAGGGUCCCGAGGGACGGCAUACUUUUUAAUUCGGGGAAAUUUUGGAAUUUACGAGGCUGGAGAGCACAGACAGCAAGCAAGGUCCUGAUCAAUUAUUCCUAAAUUUGAGUUUUGACAUCUUGACUUGUCCAACGGCAUGGUCCCAUUCUGAAGAGAGUUCUAGGGCUACAGAUCAGCUUGGCAGAAUCCACACGUCCCCUUUAGAAGGUGCGGGGGUUCCCCCUGUCCCCUGUAGCGGGUGGGGGUUAGGUUUAGCGGCGAUAUAUGGGGCAUCUCUGAGGAGAGGGAGUCGUAUCUACAGUGGGAACCAGAGAUCAGCUGGGGACAGUCCUCUAUACUAGUCACUGUAGUUUUCAUGUUUUCUGUACAUACAUACGUUGACCUUUUUUAUAAAUAAAAACAAAACCUGAUGUUUUAAUCUUUA